GAAACUGAAAGUAACAACAGCUAUUGGCUCUGAGAGUGACGCAGCAGCAGCAGCUCCAUUAGACCACAUCUUUUGGCUGCAGACGGACAGAAGUUGGUUCUGGUCGAGGGACAGAGCAGGAACAAAAUGACCACGCAGGGCCACGAAGAGAAAAGAUACGACCGAAGAGACACGACCCUGAAGUUCGUGAACAGACCUGAUGCUCUGGAUCCGAUGCCCCCGGACGAGGGAGAUCAGGGUCUCUGUGCGGAAAUGUCCUGCGGUCACGCUGUCACUCCACAGUCCCUGACUGGAUGGUGUCGCAGCCUGCUGGAUCAGGGCCAGUAUAAAUUUAAGUGUCCAGCUCUAAAGGACGGCACCCAUCAUAAGUGUGACGCUCUGUGGUCGUAUCAAGAGGUGCGUCGCCUGGCCGUCCUGACCGCUGCAGAAAUGCAGCAUUUUGAAGAGAACAUGGCCCGUCUGGCUGCGACAGAGUACUGCGACUUUAAAACAUGUCCUGGCUGCAGCUCCUACAUUGAGAGAGAGGACCUGACUAACCUCUGCGUUCAGUGCUUGGUGUGCACAGCAGAUAAGAACGAACAGGUCCAGUUCUGCUGGCAGUGCUUGAUGCCCUGGAAAGGUCCGGCUCCACGCUCUGACCGCUGUGACAAUAACGGCUGCAUCAACCAUGACCUGGAGCUGCUCAGGACCUGCAAGACCACAUCCUUCCUCGAGGUGGUCGGGGUUGUGGGCUGUCCCUCCAUCCGGGCCUGUCCCACCUGUGGACAUAAGGUGGAGCACGACAAGACAGGCUGUAAGAACAUCAUCUGUCCUCGCUGCCAGGUGGAGUUCUGCUUCGUGUGUCUGGAGCUGACUCCUGACUGUCUGGAGACCAGCGACUACUUCAGCCCCUGCAGUGCUGGUGUGGCUCCCAGACAGACAUCCAUACCUGUGUGGCACAGGAACUAAAAGUUGUUAUUUCUUGACAAAGUUAAUUUUGUAGUAUUAAAAAUGUUCCAGGUCUUCUUUUUCAUGUUCAUCACCUUUAAAAGUUGUCUUUUGUUUAUUUUUAACCUUAUAACUUGCUUUCCAAAUAUGUUGGCGACCUGCCUUUGUAAAACAAAUAAAGUUCCUAUUAAACAGA